UUGCGUACGCCAAACUCAACAAAAACCCAUCGGCAAUCGUUGGUCAGUCAAGUGAAAGAAAAAUACGACAAUGAAGCUUACAGCACUAUUAACCGCUCUCGCACUCGUCGCCCUAACUUCAGGAGCGCCAAGUGAGGACCGCAUUUACAAUGGGGUUGCAUCUACGACAGCUAUACCUUAUUUAGUAUCGAUCGUGGCGAAUGAACAGCACAUUUGUGGCGGGUGGAUUUACAACACCAACUGGGUAGUCACGGUUGCGUCUUGCCUGGUCGAUUACGAACCUAGUCAGUUGACAGUCAUCGUUGCUCAGGCGAGCUUGAUUCAGCUGGACGCAGAUGAAGAAUCGAUUAAUGUUUUCAAGAUCAUUUCCCACGAGGCAUACAACUCAGUAACCAAGUUGAACGAUAUCGCCAUGCUACAGUUGGCCAAGCCCAUCACUUAUGGGGCCAACGUCGGUUACCUUCCCUACGAAGAGGCAGAAGAAGUUACUGGCAUACCGACUACGUUUGCUGGAUGGGGUGGUACUUCCGAAGGAAACUUACCAUCGACAAAACUUCGCACAAUCGAAAGUGUGACCGUUCCUGCUGACUGCACAAUUUCGUAUCCCGCAGACGAAUUUUCUUCGAAUUACAUGCUGUGCGCUGGCUCCACCACCGACACUGCAUCUCCGUGCCAUUUCGACGAGGGAUCGCCACUGGUUCAAACAAUCGGUGGUGCACAAUAUGCUGUAGGAAUCAUGUCGAAGAAUAAGGGUUGUAAAGCUGGUGCCGAGCCUACAGUCUACACCCGCCUCACCGCAUACUAUGCUUGGCUCAAGUCAUACGGUGGUAACCAGCAAUAAUGUGUUUUCAAAUGUCUUGCAUCAAAAUCAAUAAUAAAUACACAUAGACAUUGUUCAAGA